AUGAACACAUACAAGCGUCUUGUCUCCCGUGUAGACCCAACAGUUUUCUUCCAAAAGGGGUUUAUAGAGUGUCGACGAGUAUACGUGAAGGUUACUGUCUUCUCUGGUGUAGCUCACAAACAGAAGUUACAGAUUGCUGUCCCACUCAAGAGUCUAACUCCUGAGACAAAAGAGGAAGUCAAGAAGGUAGCACUGUCGUUGAAACAAAUAACAAGUGAAAUGAGUAACAUGUUUGUAGUAACCAAUGUAAUAGUCCAAAACAGUGACCAAACACUCUACAUCUUCUGUGAUGUUCCUAUUAAGCAAAGUAUAGGCAACUACUACUCGACCAAUAAAGUCUUUACAGAUGAGAAGAUGUCUCAUGUUGUCGACUUAUUGAAUAUGUACACGGCUCUCUCGCAACUUCAAAAAGAUGAAACUUUUGAAACGAUGAAAUUUCUGUUAAGUGAAGAGGACUUGUCAUUAGCGCUGAUGAAAAACGUUGGUUCGCCGUUCACACAAAUUUCAGUGACGCCACUUGCGUUCAUCGUUCCACUUGUUUUCGGAAACUUGACGUUUGAUCCUUAUAAUGUGGUGAUCGCCAAUUUACUUGAGAAGAUCUCCGAGAAAGGGAAGAUGGAAAAUUUGAUCACAAAGAUCCGCAACAACGAGAGUGUGAAGGAGAUCCUCGGCGACAACGAUUUUGUGACGCAAUGUUUGACUCUUACAAACGUCCCUCCAUUUUCAUUUGAUGCCUUUGAACAAGACAAGUCGUUAUUAGGGCAAGGUGUCUUUGGUAUAGUAAUGAAAGCACAACGCAAGUCGGACAAGAAGGUGUUUGCAAUUAAAGAGAGUAAGAAGGAGAAGACUUUACAACUUAAAAAGGAAGCGCAGAUCAUGCGACUCUGUCACCAUCCAAACAUCAUCGAGUGCUUUGGCUUCACUGAAUUAAACGUUUCUAUUGGAGGCGCGACUAACCCUCUCUUUAACUGUGAUUUCCCACAUGGGUACAUUUGCCUUGAAUACUGUCAAAACGGGAAUUUGGAGUCUUUUGUGAAGUGUCUGUGUCCUGAAGGCGACCGUCUUCCAUUAGAAACAGUCCAAACGAUCUUUGGCCAAAUAGCAUCUGCUUGUCGCUAUCUUUAUUUUGAGAAAGGUAUCAUCCACAGAGACAUUAAAUUAGACAACUUUUUGGUGUCGCAGACAGACCCCUUUCUUUUUGUGAAGAUGAUCGACUUUGGGUGGUCCAGAAGUAUUGCAGAAGAGAUGGAGUCUGUAGCUGGCGCUCCUAUGUUCUGUGCGCCAGAAAUUAUAUUUCGACAACCAUACAGUGCAAAGAGUGACUUGUAUAGUCUUGGCGUUGUACUCUAUUUCUUACUGAAUGGAAACUACCCAUUCAAUCCAAAUAACGUCGAAGAACUUAGAACGCAAUAUAGCUCUUCCGAGAAGUUGUCGUACUCGGACAAGAUCACAAAAGACAUUGAAAAUAAAGACGUCAUCGACCUCAUCAAUAAAAUGAUCGUCUUUAAAGAAGACGACAGAAUAUCGUGGGAAGAGUUCGACAAACAUCCCUUCAUGGUCAACACUACAAAGCGCCUGACCGAACUCUACACCAAAAUUGGGCUUGAUUUCAUAUGA